UAUAGUGGCCAGACAGAAGCCAUUUAUUCAUAAAAGGUUUUCCAGAAUGCAUCUGAAAAAUUCAGACCAUGAGAAACAAAAUGCUCGGGUCCGAUGAGAAACAUAUUGAACUCUUUGGCAUGAAUGCCAGGCAUCAUGUUUGGAGGAAACAAGGCAUCACUCAUCACCCGGCCAAUACUAUCAAAAACAACAAAAAGGCAGAUUUGCAUAGAUGUUGUUUAGUCUACAGGUAACAUGACAGUGAAGUCUUAAGAGGCACAUACAUAGCAUAGGGGAAAAAAAGGUUUAAAAAAUAAAUAUAAGAAAUAUAUAUUAGACUGUAGAAUUUAAGGCCUGUAUGAUAACAUAUGCCAAUAUUUACCUGAAAUACUCUCGGACCAUGAAAAACAAAAUUCUCUGGUCUGAGGAGAAAAAGGUUGAACUCUUUGGCAUGAAUGCCAGGCGUCAUGUUAAGAGGCAAUCAGGCAGCGUUCAUCACCAGGCCAAUAUUAUCCCUACAGUGAAGCAUGGUGGUGGAAGCAUCAUGCUGUGGAGAUGAAGCAGCAGGAACUGGGAGACUAGUCAGGUUAGAGGGGAAGAUGAAUGCAGUAAUGUACAGAGACAUCCUAGAUAAAAACAAAUAUUUCUCAUUCAACUUGAGUGGUGCUGCAAAGAGAAAUGGGCAAAACUGCCCAAAGAUAGGUGUGCCAAGCUUGUGGCAUUGUAUUAAAAAAAAUACAGGCUGUAUUUGCUGCCAAAGGUGCAUCAACAAAGUAUUGAGCAAAGACUAUAAUUGUUAAUGAAAAAAGAAUCUUCCAGAUCCCGUGGAUGCACGCUGCUCGGCAUGGCUGGGACUUAGAGAAAGACGCUCCUCUCUUCAUGAGAUGGGCCAUACAUACAGGCAAGUACCAGCCUGGAAAAGACCGACAGGAUCCAAAGACUUGGAAGGCAAAUUUCCGCUGUGCCAUGAACAGCCUGCUUGACAUUGUGGAGGUGAAAGAUAAAAGCAACAAAAAGGGAACAAAUGCCUUUAGGGUGUACAAGAUGCUGUCCUCUUCUGAAAAAAGUAUGAAGAAAGGAAAGAAGAAGAUCGACAAGGAAGGUAGACCCAAGGGAAAUAAAGAGACAGUUUCUAAGUCGUGUGGGACUACUCUUCUACACAUCAAAGAGGAACCACAGGAUGAAGUCAAGAUUCCAGACACAACCAGAGCCAUUCCCAGUUUCACAGAAGAUCACUUGAUGGCAAGCGAGCAGCUGCCCUUCGUCUGUCAGACAAUCGAAGUGACAACUGAGAACGAGGAGGAGACAGUUAGCUCGUCCCACUCGUACCCUCUUCAAAUCUCUCCUAGUGCCAGUGACACAGACAGCGAUGUUGAGGACACAGGACAGGGUGUCAGUGCAUCCUGGAGGCGGGACCUCGGCAGGUCAGUUCUCAAGGUGUCGCCAUAUCCUCUUCCCGGCAUGGCCACCUUUGUUCGGGGAAGCAAAAACUUCAGGGUAACCACCACGCGAGACCCAAACCCCCUCAUCAGUUAUCACAGCGAUGGCUGGACGAAGCCUUACAGCCAGAACUCUCUCACAUCGUCCAUACCCAACCACACUCAUGAGAUGCGGGCCAGCGUGAUCAUGAAAACUUCAGAUGUCACCUAUUCUUAACCUCAGGCCAAUGAGUUGAAGUUGUUCUUUAAGUCAGACUCUAACUGAGUAGGGAUUAGGCAUCAGCUUUACUUAUCCGUUAGUUGGCUGUCCCAUUGCCUCAUUGUACACUUCUUAUGUCCGCGUGACGAAGAUGGUCCGUUUGAAUUUGUCAUCCGCAAAUUUCCUCAAACGCAUUUCCCUCCAUUUUGACGCCAAAUGUGGACUUUUGACAUGGAUUUUGCUGGUGCUUUUUUUGUUUUCUUUGCAUUGGAGCUGGGGUGCCUGCUUAUUGGAGUGGUUGGAAAUCUGUACAAAUCAUCAUAGUUAUAAUAAUCGUUACAUUUAAUACCUCUAAAUUCAGCUUGACAAAAACAUGAUUCUGAAAACCUUUUUCCAAGUACCAUAAUUCUUCAAUUAGUUGCACCUAGCCCAAUUGACUCCGUCUCUCAAUUAGUUCCCUAAAUAAAAUAAACUAGUAUGGGUGUCCUGAUCGAACAUUUAUAUCGGGAUAUAUCGGCCAGCAUCUAAAGCAUCCGAUACAAGUCUGUUCUGCUCCCGGAAACUUCUCUUCCUGCUAGCUUUUAAGAGUCUUUAUUUUAAAACACUGUAAAAAUUAAAAUACAGAAUUAUACUAUUAUUAUAACUUACAUUGAAUACAAAAUAAUUUCUCCAUGACAUUCCAACAUAAAAUAAAUGUAUUGAAAUAAAUGAGCUAGUUCAAUGCUAAUUUAAAUUGAAAAUAACCAUAUAUAUGCUACUACUGGUGUGGGAUGAAUAUAAUAUUUACAGUAUAAACACUUUGUAGGACUCCACAAAAGACAAGGCUGGCACAUUUACCUUACUACUAAUAUUACUUGAUCGAGCCUUUUCUAAAAUUACCCACUACAAAAUUAAGUAAGAUUAUGUAACAUUUGUGCUGAUAUCAGA